CCACAUUUCCUAAUAACAGUGCGACUCAUGGCUCAUCCCUGCCGAGAUGGCUUUGCAGUCGGCACCGUCAUCAUCAGACCUCCAUCCCCCUUGUGCAAUGGCUAGCAGUAGUUUUCUUUCUUUCUUUCUUUUUCUUUUUGCUAGCAUAGCAGGAAGCUUUUGAACUGCCUGCCCAUGGCCAUGGCCCUGGGCAUCAGAUUUCAUUCACCUCAAGCUUUCUGCACGCACUCCCACACCACACACUCGCCACUGUCUUGAAAAGCGCUCGCUGCAGUGUUCUCUGUCCUGACGCCCACGUAAACAUAUUUAGGCGUGCAUCCCUUUGCAGUGCUUGCUUACUUCAUUAGAGAGAGAGAGAGGGAGGGAGAAGGGAGAGGAGAGAGAAAGAGAGAUGGGCGUGGCGACGGUGACAGAGCUGAAGCAGAGCAUCUCCGGGAAGAGGACGUUCCGGCCGAGUCUCAUCAGCCGCCACGCCAAUGAGUGGCCUCCGACCGACGUCUCCAGCGACCUCACCGUUGAGGUCGGCACGUCCAGCUUCGCCCUCCACAAGCUGUUCGCGCAGUUCCCGCUGGUCUCCCGGAGCGGCAAGAUCCGGCGGCUCGUGGCGGAGGCCAAGGACGCCAAGCUGGCGCGGCACAGCCUGCACGGCACGCCCGGCGGCGCGCCGGCGUUCGAGCUCGCCGCCAAGUUCUGCUACGGCGUCCACGUCGACGUCACGGUCGCCAACGUCGCCAUGCUCCGCUGCGCCGCGCACUACCUGCAGAUGACCGAGGACUUCUCCGACAAGAACCUCGAGGCCCGCGCCGAGGCCUUCCUCCGCGACGCCGUGCUCCCCAGCAUCGCCAGCUCCGUCGCCGUGCUCCGCAGCUGCGAGGCGCUGCUCCCGGCCGCCGAGGACGUCAACCUCCCCGCGCGCCUCAUCGCCGCCAUCGCCAGCAACGUGUGCAAGGAGCAGCUCACCUCGGGCCUGUCCAAGCUGGACCAGUGCGCGCAGCUCAAGCCGCCCGCGGCGUUCGUCGCCGAGCUCGACUCGCCGGGCGACUGGUGGGGCAAGUCGGUGGCCGGCCUCGGGCUCGACCUGUUCCAGCGCCUGCUCUCCGCCGUGAAGGCCAAGGGGCUCAAGCAGGAGACGGUGACGCGGAUCCUCAUCAACUACGCGCAGAACUCGCUGCACGGGCUCAUGGCGAGGGACGUGCACGGCGCCGCCAAGUGCGGCGGCGGCGCGGACGCCGACGCCGUUAAGAAGCAGCGCGCCGUCGUCGAGACCAUCGUGAGCCUGCUCCCGGCGCAGUCGAAGAGGAGCCCCGUGCCGAUGGCCUUCCUCUCGGGGCUCCUCAAGACGGCGAUGGCGGUGUCCGCGUCCAGCAUCUGCAGGGCCGACCUCGAGAAGCGGAUCGGCAUGCAGCUGGACCAGGCCAUCCUGGAGGACAUACUCAUCGCCGCCGGCGCGGGCGCGGGCGCGGGCACGGGCACGCCGGCCGGGCAGCAGCACGGGCUGUACGACACGGACGUGGUGGCGCGCAUCUUCUCGGUGUUCCUCAACCUCGACGACGACAACGAGGAGGACGGCGGGUUCGACUACGACAGCCCGCGGUCCCCGAAGCAGAGCCUCCUGGUGAAGGCCGCCAAGCUGCUGGACAGCUACCUCGCGGAGGUGGCGCUCGACUCCAACAUCCUGCCGUCCAAGUUCAUCUCCCUCGCCGAGCUGCUCCCCGACCACGCCCGCCUCGUCACCGACGGCCUCUACCGCGCCGUCGACAUCUUCCUCAAGGUGCACCCGAACAUCAAGGAGGCGGAGCGGUACCGGCUGUGCAAGGCGAUUGACUGCCAGCGGCUGACGCCGGACGCGUGCAGCCACGCGGCGCAGAACGAGCGGCUGCCGGUGCAGAUGGCGGUGCAGGUGCUCUACUUCGAGCAGCUGCGGCUGCGGAGCGCGAUCCAGGCCGGCGGCGGCGGCGGCAGCAUGGGCGGCGGGCACGAUGCGGCGCUCUUCUUCGGGUGCGCGGCGGCGGCGCAGGGCGGCGUGAACAUGCGGUCCGGCAGCGGCGUGGGCAGCGGCGCCAUGUCGCCGCGGGACAACUACGCGUCGGUGCGGCGCGAGAAUCGGGAGCUGAAGCUGGAGGUGGCGCGCAUGCGGAUGCGGCUGACGGACCUGGAGAAGGACCACGUGAGCAUGAAGCGGGAGCUGGUUCGCGUGGGCCCUGCCAACCGCCUGCUCCGGGGCUUCGCGCGCAGCCUCGGCAGGCUCUUCCGGAUGCGCCCGGCCGCCGAGCCCGGCCUGCAGCAGCUCGGCGCCAAGGCCACCGCCGACGCCAAGGUGCUCUUCCAGCGCCGCCGCCGCCACUCCAUCUCGUGAUCGAGCUCGCUCGCUCGCCCGCGAAUGAUGAGAGCGAUCAAGCUCCUGUACUUAGUUAAAAGUUCGCGUGUGCAUAGCAUACAAGAAAGAUGAAUGGUUGGAGUGAUGCUUUAUUGGUUCCCGAUUUUUGUGCGGGAAUUGCAUGGUCUUUGAUCUGUUGGCGAAAAAUCAUGGCGCACGACAGCAUGCGAUGCAGUUCAUGUAUAUGGAUUAUGGAGUGGUUUUUGAGUGUUGUAUCUUGUAUGUGUAUGUAUCAAUCAGCGGGCAAUGAAAAUAAUAGGGAAUCGGCCGUGCCGAGAGCAUUGGCGCUUGGGAUUGUAUGGUUGCA